AUGCUUCCCAUGGUUGCUGACGAGUUGCCCGACCUCACUGUCACAACGUUCUUCAAUUCGACGACCCAGUUUCCUCAAGAGUUCACACCACAAACGCUGUGGCCCCAGCUAGCCUACACAGCUUUCCACGACUCUUCACCAUUGACCAUACAUUCGACAAAUGAAAUCCAUUCGGCCCCCUCCCCGCCAAGUUGCACCGAAACAAGGGAAGGCGUUCGAGCUGUGCGAACGCCAGAUCGCGUUCAAGGACUUCGCAAUCCUCGAAGCACGUCUCCUCGAAGCGAUCAAGAAGUCCCAGCCCUGGCACCGCGCCUCGCCCCGACUCUGGACGCUGUCAAGUCGCGCGUGGGCCAGCCUGGACCAGCAUUCCUGCACUACACAGGAUGCUGUAAACGCUCGCCACCGGUGCCCAUCGACCCGUACGAGUACAGAAACGCUUGCCACCUCCAACUGGAAGAGCAUUCGAUCAUCUCGCUCAGAUAUCCCCUCUGCUUGAACUCGGCGCCAGGCGGCUUCCUGCACGAUUACCGCCUGGACAUUCUCGCUCCCCAGCCUCGCACUGUUCUUCCUCGUGAUCCUGUUCCGGACUCCCUCGUUGACGCUGUCCGCCGCCAUGUCACGGGCUUGUGUCAACUCCUCGCCAGGCAGCCUAAAUCCCCCGGCAACAUGAACGCUGAGGCACUUGCUCAAUACAUCCGCGCCGCCACCCCGCAGUACUGUUUCGAGGGACGCAUUCCAAUGGCGUGCAUAUCCAAGGACAUGACGCACGAGGAGUACGAGGGCAGACACGCUGAGCUCGGGUACCGAGAGCGUCUCGCUGGGCCGGGACCUCAGGCCACAAAUGCUGGCCUCUUGUACCAGCUCGGUGAGGACCCCUGGACCGUCUCAACAGAGCGCCGCCUCUACCUCCUGCCGCCCAUGAUCGACCGCAACCACGACAACGGUCCCGACUUUUAUUCCGCGCAUGAGCAUCAGCCUGCGGCCGCCCCCGGCAAGGACGAGAAGAAGCACACCGUCGCCAUGUCCGAGCAUGCUGGUACGGCAUUCAUCGCGAAGCUCGGCGAGGACAAGUUCACGAUCGUGCUCGCCAACUACGACCGCGGCAACAUCAAGUACGAGCCAGCUUUUGCUCAAGACCGGUGGAGACUCCAAGUCGCUGCUGACGCUGCCCACCAGGCGCGCGUCGCAGCCUACUUUGCCUACAUCAUCGAGUUUGGCUACCCGGACGACGAGGUGACAUUCAAGAAAGUCCUAGCUUGUGGUGAGGCUAUAGUGCUCACGACAGCGCGUCAUUCUUUCCCUCUGCAAGACCAGCGCAGAGGAAGAGACGGGCCAACACCGACCGGUAUGUUGUCGGCGCAGGGUGAACUAAUCCCCACCGCAGCUUCCGCCACUGAUUACGGCGUCAAGAUCAUCAGUGCUCUGCAAGUGCUACAGGCCUGUCUGCUACCACAUCCGGCCAACCCUCUACACCAACCAUGGGUGCAUCAGUAUCGUUGGCAACCCGAAGUCGACGGGUACAAGCUCAAAGAGAUCGUGCAGAAGAUUCGAUCGAUUGAUGUAUAA